GAAUUGAAGAGAAAAAAAAUGGUGAGACCUGAAUACCUAACUGGAUUGUUUUACGCCAUGGUUGUACAACCGCCUGUUCUUGUUUCUUGUUGUGGUGAUAUUUAUCAGCUGGAUGGUUACGAACCAGCCGUGGAAGUUGUCUCAAUCUACGGUGACAACUUCGACACCCCAAAGGGCAGAGAACCAUUCUUUAUUGAAACACACCGCUGUGUUUCGAAAGGCUUUACAGACGUCGAUGAAUGGCCUCUCCCAGAUACACAAAACGAGAUAGAAAUUGUUGUGGCGGAUUUGAAUGACGCAAAAAAAUUUUACAAAUACGUUGUGUUUAACCACACCUCCUGCAAAUCUGGUUUUAAGAAGCCAAUACUGCACAAGACGCUUAAAUCCAACCAAAUCAAUAGAACAGAAUUUGAGAAAAAAUUACCCAACAACCCAGUAAACUUAAGAAGCCUGACAGGAUCAUUCUGCGACAAACCUCAACCACGAUACAGGGUUCACCCUCAUGGCGAAAACGUCAAACCUUGCGAAAAGCUCAUACCAUUCAAGCAAUGUUUGCCAGGUUGUUACGUCACCAGAAAUCACUUGAUUUUGAAAAUAAAAAUGAUUAGUGAAAAAGAAGCGAAAGUCGAGUAUUUCAACGACACGGCGUGCUCACCACAUACAAAACAGCCAACCACACCACCGUGCUCUGGAAAUCGAAAUACGAGUUUAAAAAAACAGGGGACAAAAUCUUCAAGGAAAGCUGAUCAAUCGUCUCUUUCGACUAAUGAAAUAUAUGACUCAGGACUGGCGACUGAGUCUGAGUGA